AUUCUUACCAUGUCUAAAAUAUAAAAAGAAUAUGUACAAUGCAGGAAGUGUACGUAAUGGAGUUGGUAGGGAUAAUCAUUGAAAUUGGCAAGUUUGUGAAGUUUGCUGGUGGUGGAGUUGUGAGAUAUCUGAAAUAUCAGAUACAAUUCAAUGAUUAUUUGGAAGAAUUCAAAGCAGCCAAAGAAGACUUGUGCCGCAGAAAGCUUGACAUUGAAUCAAGAUUGGAACCGGAGCUUCAAUGUGGGAAGGUUCCAAGGGAGGAAGUGCAAAAGUGGCUAAAUGAUGUGGAUCAAGAGAUUACAAGACAAGAUCUUGAAGAUGAAGUGAGAAAAUGGGGAUGUCUCUCUUGUUGUUGUCGAGUAAAGAUUCUGGAGGAAAGGACUCAGGAAGUGAAAGAAAUAUAUGCUAGAGGGGAUAAAUACACUGGUGACUGUUUGGUCAUUGAAGAUCAGGCUAUAAUAUUCAAUGAUUGUGUGAAGAAUUUUGGAGAAUUGAAAGAGAUGCUGCGGGGUAAACAUCAGGACAUUAGUUUAACAUUGCGUUCACAGCUUUGUUAUGGCAAAAUUGAAAAGGAGAUAGUUAAAAAUUGGCUGGGAAAAGUAGAAGAAAUAACUGGCCCUGUUGCCAAAGAUAUUGAAGAUGAAGUCCAAGGUGGAUGUCUCUCACAUGCUUCCCUAGCAAAACCUCUUAAAGAAAGGAUUCAAGAAAUGGAGAGAUUUUAUGAAGAAGGAGGGCAAUUGCCAGAGAGUUUGGUUGUCCAUGAUCCAUCAGCCUCAACAGUUGAACUGCCAAUAUCAGAAAUGCAAAGCGGUGACGAUAUUAAAGCAAAAAUACUGGCCAGCUUGCUGGGAGAUGAGGUAAGGAAGCUUGGAGUUUGGGGAAUGGGGGGUGUGGGGAAAACAACAAUCAUGAUGCAUGUUUACAAUGAAUUAUUGAGAGAAGUUAAAUUCAAGAAAGUAAUUUGGGUGACAGUGUCACAAACUUUUGAAGUCUGUCAACUACAAGAGCAAAUUGCAAGCUGCUUGGAGGAAAGGCUAACAGAGCAUCAAAGUACAAUAAUACGUGCAGGAACUUUAUCAAAAAUGCUAGAAAGACACAGGCCUUUUGUGCUAAUUCUAGAUAAUGUGUGGAGGGGUUUUGAACUUAAAGAUGUUGGAAUUCCCGAACCACUUGUAACUAAUGGUUGCAAAUUAGUGUUAACCACUCGCUCUAAAGAAGUUACUCGUAUAUUGGAGUGUGAGCCAAUAGAAGUGAAGACUCUUUCACCAGAGGCAUCAUUAAAGUUAUUCCUAGAUAAGGUUGGAGAUGAUGUUUUGUUACAUGAUGGGGGCAUUAAAGAAACUUUGAAAUCAACUUUGAAUUGUAUCGUGGAUGAAUGUGAUGGUCUUCCCCUUGCAAUUGUAACAGUUGCUGGUAGCAUGAAGGGAAUAUCUGACCCACGUUUAUGGCGUGUUGCACUGAAUCAAUUGAAAGAACACACAAGAAAUGUGUUAGGUACAGAGGAUGAUGAGUUUAAGGCAUUAAAGUUUAGUUAUGACUGUCUGAAAGAUCAAAUUAAAUAUUGUUUCUUAUAUUGUGCAAUGUAUCCUGAGGACUACAAAAUCCCCAAAGAAGAGAUAAUUGAAUGUUGGAUUGAAGAAGGGCUAAUAGAUGUAAUGGAGACUAGGCAAGUAAUGAAGGAUGAGGGCCAUGCUAUUUUGAGGAAGCUUGAAGAUAACUGCUUGUUGGAAUUUGUUAAGAAUGGAAAAGAUUGUGUGAGGAUGCAUGAUGUUGUUCGAGAUAUGGCAUUGCAUAUUACGAGAACAAGUCCUCGAUUCUUUGUGAAGGCUGGCUUGGAAUUGAAAGAGCUACCAGAGGUGCAGGAAUGGAGAGAAGAUAUUUUGAAAGUUUCUUUAAUGCAAAAUUACAUACAAGAAAUUCCUUCAAGCAUGCCAUCUCCAAAGUGCCCAAUGCUCACAACCUUGUUGUUGUCUCAUAACAGUUUCUUGACGAUUCCAGAAGCAUUCUUUGAGCAUAUGCUUGGGCUCAAGAUUCUUGAUCUUUCCAACAAUGAAAAGCUAAAUAGCCUUCCAAAUUCCAUCUCCAAAUUGGUGAAUCUUACUACAUUAUUGCUAUGGGGUUGCAUGUGCUUAAAAAAGGUACCAUCUUUAUCCAACCUCAGUGCCUUGAAAAAGUUAGACCUCCGUGGAACAAAAAUUGAAGAAUUCCCCCAGGGCCUAGAAAUGUUAACAAAUCUCAAAUAUCUUAAUCUUAAGCCUUCAAUUCUUUUCACUCGUGUUGAUGAGGAAGUUAUUGAGGAAGUCAACUUAGGAUUAUUAUCUGAAAUACCAGAUGGAAUGCUUUCAAAUCUCUCCAAACUCCAGCAUUUAGAAGUAUCUGGUAAAAUACCAUUGAAAGGGGAGGAGAUGGGAAGACUGAAUCUAGAAUCUAUUAAUGUUAGAGAAUGCCCUCAACUGGAGGAAAUAAUAGCAUCAGAAUCAGAAGAAGAAAAAGAAAGAGAACACUGUGAGAAAAUGGAAGAGAUAAAAUUAUCUACAUCUAAAGAAGCCAUGGAAAUCACAGUACCUAAGUUAAAGUUUCUCCGUUUGGUAAGUCUGCCAGGAUUGAAGCGCAUAUGUAGCAGCACCAUCAUGUUAAUAUGUGAUUCCUUGGAGCGUCUGGUGAUUAUAGACUGCCAGAAGCUAAGGAGGAUUCCUCUCUAUCUUCCCCUGCUUGACAACGGCCAACCAUCUUCUUCUUCUCUCAAAAAAAUCCGGGUGCAUCCUAAGGAAUGGUGGGAGUCGUUGGAGUGGGACAAUCCAAAUGCAAAGGAGGUCCUUUCACCCCUCUGUCAUUAUUCAGUUCGGUGAAUUUGAAAGAAACUACUGGGACUUCCUUUGUUUUCUCCACAGAUGGUGAGGAGUUCGUUUAUUAAAGAUACUGCACAAGA